GAAGUGGGAGAGGAGAGGGGAAUUCGCCAUGGCGUCGUCGCCGCACCAAGGUCAAGCAGGCGGCGGCGGCGGCUGGACGGCCGAGCAAUUCUGGUCUCUGCUAGACAAGGCAGACCGGCGCUUCGCCCGCGUGCGUGACCUCCCCAUCUUCGGCCGCCGGGAGCCCGAGGAAUACGGCAAGGCCUUCCGCAUCUACACUCAGCUCUGGCGCAUGCAGCAGGAGCACCGUCACCGCCUACUCGACGCCGGGCUCCGUCGAUGGCAAGUCGGCGAGAUCGCCGCCCGCAUCGCUCACCUCUACUACUCCCAGUACCAGCGCGCCUCGGACACCGCCCUCCUCUCCGAGGCCUUCGUCUUCUACCACGCCGUCCUCGACCGCGGCUACUUCAUCGUCGACGCAGCCGACCACCUCGCCCCCACCAAGCACCUCCGCUUCCUCGCCAGGUUCCUGCUUGUCGCGCUUCUACUCGCCAGGCGCUCCGACACUGUCCCCCGCCUCGCCGCCCACAUCCGCACACUCCUCGACGAUUCAAAGAAGACCCUCCAAGAAGCAGAAUAUAAGGAGUGGAAACAUGUCGUCCAAGAAAUCGCCAGGUUUCUCAGAGCUGAUUCCCUCUUCAUGAACAUGAGGCCACUCAGGUACAGCUACGCGUUUGAUCCUGCCCCCGAUACUCUCCCUACCGUCCCACCUACUGUCAAGAAGCGAGGUCUGGUCUUAAGUGAUGCCAUGCUAUGCAGCUACUAUCACAACGAGGUCAAAUUUACAGACAUCACCAUAGAUGUUUUCAGAAUGCUUCAAUGCCUCGAAUGGGAACCAUGCGGUUCUUUUGCUCUAAGCAAUGGUUACAGUGCCCACGAUGAAAGUGGACAAAAUCACCCCAAUCUCUUAAAAGAUCUGAGAGAUGCUGCGCUGCCUCCAAACCCACUUAAAACAAUUCUCUAUCGCCCAUCAGUGACUCAUUUCCUAACAGUCCUUGCCACCAAAUGUGAGGAGCUCCCAUCGAAUGGCAUGAUGUUAAUAUACCUUUCAGCUGCAGGUGAGGUGGGACCUUCUGGAUUUUGUGCUGAUACAAAUGAGACGGUUGUGAGCAGCUUUAAUAAGUUUGAUAUAUCUAAUGUUAGUACGAUCAAUGUAAAAGAAGACGAUGCAUCUCGCUUAUGGCUAGGCUACAGUGAAGGCGAAGAACAUGUAGGUUCAAACUGUAUAUACCCUUGUGAUCUGAUUCCAUUUACAAGAAGACCACUCUUUUUGGUGAUUGACAGCAACACCAGCUACUCAUUCAAGUCAAUUCAUGGGUUUGAAAAAGGGGAGACAACGGCCAUGUUACUUUCUCCGAGUUGUCGAUCUUCCUCUUUAGGAUUCAGUGGGGAUUCUGUCCGGCAGAUUGGCAGUCAAUUUACUAUGUUUCUCACAGCUCCAUUGCAAGCUUUCUGCCAUCUGAUCGGCAAUAAUGGGGUUGACAUCGACAGGGAUGCCUAUAAGAAAGCUGAAGAGUUACUGUCAUUGUCCUUAAAUGAAUGGGCCGCUACUUUGGUUGCAUCAUCUUCACUUCAUCCUGUUUGGGUUGAAGUUUUGGGCGAUCUGCUCUUGAGGCGGCUGCUUCUCAGGUUUAUUUUCUGUAGAGCUGCGCAUUCACUCUUCAAACUUACGUACCAUAAGGUGGACUUCCUCCCAACUUGCGCACCUCCUUUGCCACAGUCGGUUGACGCAGAGAGCAUGCUCUCCCAAUCCUGUCUGUUGCGAGUCGCAUCUUUCCUUGGCGCGGCCAACCAGUUCUCAUUUGCUGAGGUAACCACAUGGCCUGAGGUUGAUGCCGAGGAGGCUACUGUCGCCAACCCUUCGAUCUAGCGUUGCCAACUAAGAAACUGGCCUUGACUGUUGGAGAUUAAUAUGUUUAACUGCUGUUCUUGUGCAUCACAAUACACAAACACUCGUAUAUCACAGCCAAAUUUGCACUACCCUAUUCGUCGUUACACUAAAAUUGUUCGUUUCUGGCGCAGCCUCCUGUAGCCCUCGAGGACGAGUGCGUUCGAGCACCGGAUGAGCUGAUGGUUUCAAACAAAUUCUUAAAUAUGUAGUUCGUAAUAAAUUAUGCAAAAUAU